GGCCAUGGGGCCGGGGCGGCUGCUGGCGGCGGCCGCGCUGUGCGCCGCGCUGCUGGGCUGCGGCCGUGUGCGGGGCCGGGCCGGCGGGGCCAGGCUGCUGAGCGGACAGACAGUUUGCCGGGGUGGAACUCAGCGCCCCUGCUACAAGAUAGUGUACUUCCAUGACGCCUCGCGGAGGAUCAGCUUUGCCGAAGCUGAUCAGGCCUGCAGAAGGGACGGUGGGCACCUCGUUAGCAUUGAAUCAGAAGCGGAGCAGAAACUGAUUGAAAAAUUUAUUGAGGGGCUCUUGGCUUCGGAUGGAGACUUCUGGAUAGGCCUGAGGAGGAAAGGGGAAGACCUGGAUAACAGCACAGACUGUCAGGACCUGUACGCAUGGUCUGAUGGCAGCUCGUCCGGAUUUCGGAACUGGUAUGAAGAUGAGCCCUCCUGCGGGAGCGAAAUCUGCGUCGUGAUGUAUCACCAGCCCUCUGCCCCACCCGGUGUCGGAGGUCCGUAUAUGUUUCAGUGGAACGAUGACCGAUGCAACAUGAAGAAUAACUUCAUUUGCAAAUAUUCUCUUGAAAAGCCCACAAGUGCCCCGGAAGAGGACUUUCAUGAGGGGUCUCUGAAACCAACUUCCCCAGAAGAACUGAUCGAAGAGGAGGCUCAUGUAAAAGAUGUUGUCAUAGGAUCCCUGAAACCAACAUCCCCAGGAGAACCGAUUAAGGAGGAGGCUAACGUAACACUUAAAGAAGCCAAAGAACCUGUUUUGAGUCUUGCCUAUAUCUUAAUCCCCAGCAUCCCUCUGCUCCUCCUCCUGAUGGUCGUUACAGCCAUCUUCUGUUUUUGGCUUUUCGCAAAGAGGAGACAAGACCGAGUAGACGCAAGUCCAAAGGAGCAGGAUGUCUGGCUCUCUCCCCAAAGGCCAAACAGUCCCAAUCUGGAGAUUUACAGUGUAAUUAAGAAACAAACAGAAGCAGAUCUGGCUGGAACCAGGCCUGACACUAAGAUUUCCUCCUUCCGUUCGCCCGGAGACAAUAUGCUGGAUAACCUCUCUGGCGAUUAUGAGAACGUGGCUGUGAACACUUCUGAGAGCGGCUUUGUGACAUUGGCCAGUACUGAGAGUGGCUUUGUGACCAACGAGAUCUAUGAGCUGUGCAGUGACCGGGUGGGGAGAAGCAAGGAGUCGACCUGGGUAGAAAAUGAAAUAUAUGGUUACUAAGAGACUGGAAACCCUUGGAUGUGGAUGAUGCAGCAAAUAAAAAUCAGAGUUAUGCAGUGAUAAUGGGCAUGAAAGAGCAUCCUACUUUCAGUUCCUCCUUCUGCUCUCUCCUUCCUUUUUCUAGGGACACAACUUUUUUUAAACAGUCAAACUCAACGCAUCUGUCUCGCUUUGCAUCCAACGCCCUGUUUGAGACCUAAAACAGUCUUUCAGAGUUUUGGUUGCUUUUUCUGUUGGACGUACAAAUUUCCUGAGCUCCAGACCUGAAGUUUUUCUAUGUGUUUGCAAUGGAAAACACAAUCCAUAUCCCAUUUUUGUAUGGUUUAAACGGACCUCCCCCUAAGGAAGUUGUAUGUCACUUGCUGAGCCAUCCUUGCUUUCUCACAGCUGCUCCUGAGACUGCUGCUGUGUUCAGAGUUCAUCAUUGUUUCCACUGCAACGGUGGUGUAGCGAGAGAGUUUCCCUGCUGGCUGGUUUGCAGCCCUGACACUCAGGCACUUGUAUGGGACUUGAUAGUGUAGCCUGUGCUCCAUUCCCUCCCUCCUAGUUUCAUGCAACCUGAGACAUCUCAGACCUAGCACUUACCAGUGUGCCAGGCUUAAUCUUUUGAAGUAGCCAGAGAAAUGAAUCAUUUUAAAAGUCUCAGCAGAUGCUCUGGAUUCGUACAGCUGAUCCUUCCACUUCUCUUAUUCUUCUGGCAAGACAAUGGCAAAGCGAGGAUGCAAGAAACACCUUCUCAUUGCUGCAUAUGAGGAAAGAGUCAUUGCAAAGCAUGUUUAAAUGGCCUUAGAAGAUAUAGCAACUGGGGUGGAGGGCAGUGUCGAGUCUGUGUCAUCCCUGGACGUCCAGAGAUAUGUAACAUGCCCUCCGUGACCAGCUAACACCUGGUUCCUGUAGAUUAAAUGUCCUGUUGCUGUCAUAUCCUAGAUUCCCCCUUCUGCCAGGGAGCUGUCCUGGGCUACAUGAAGACUGUCCGGGGCCGCUCAUCUCAGCAUGAGCGGGCUUACAAGACAAGAGAGUUUCGUGGGGUUUCUAAGCAUAUGGAGGAACUCCAGGGCACACCCAGUCCAGAGAGAUGGUGCGAGGGGGCCUGCCAAGAGUCUGCAAGAAGUCACCCCAGACUGGAGUUUGCAUCCAAAUCUUCGCCAAACCAUAUUGGGAUCUGCGCGUGAAUAUAAAGGAGCCAUGGCAGGUCUGUGGUUGGGCUGCAUUCCCACCUGGAGCAGUGAAGGGACUCACAUUGCACAGUUGAGCCAUAGAGAUGUGUGGCAAGAGACCUUUGUUGCUGUGUUAAGCUCUGAAACAGGCGAUGAGAUGAUAAGCAGAGAUGUCUGGAACCUAUUUUAGUCAGCACCCGGUAUGUUCUGACACCUUUUGAAGCACAAUGCGAGACAGCCCUUGAAUCACGGGAAUGAGAUUUAGGUCUCGCAAUGGAGGGACACCCCUCACACACGCCUCCCCCACCACACUCAUAUCCCUUCACUUUUAGCAUCUCGUCUCCUCUUUUUUGUCCGGAUGGAUAAUGCAAAUCCAAUAGUCAUGUGGGUGGCUCCCUUUCAUGAGAUGGAGCAUCAGGCAGCCUUUCUUGGAAACUGCUGAAAGCAAGACCGACAGCGUGCAAACCUUGUGGGUCUGUCAGCAAGCGGGUUUGCUGAGAACGGCUGGCCUGUGACGUUGAAUUUGUGACAGCUCAGAAGGGUAGGGACCAAGGAAUCACUUUUGUUUCCUGUGCAUCCUUAAGAGGUAGUGUCAGCCCUGAAGCAAGCUCUGUUCCACGUGCUGGCAGAGGGGCAUCUUCCUAAAUACCAGCUCAUUUCUAGCAGCCAGGUGUUAUCACGCUAGCCAGUCCCGUACAGCAACCUUAGCUAUAGCUGUUGGGUGAGGUGUGCUCUGCUGAGAAGCCCAUGAGUAAAGCAGGGUGGGACCAGGGAGAGCGCACUGAUGAUUUGGGUUUACUAUUAACUGGCUUGCUGUUUAGGGUUCGAGCACCUGUUUUCUGUUUGUGGGGUUUGUGCAUAGUCACGAUGUGUGGAUCGGUAAGCAAGAUCUUGUGUGCUCCAUAGGAAACAUGAGCUAAACCAUGUGGCAAGGUCCCUGCACUGCAUGUUAGGGCUGCAGAGAGGCGCUCCAGUGUCAAAGCCAGACUCCUGAAAACUAAGAUUGCUACUGAAUUAAACUUAGAAAUACAUAUGCUCCGAGCAGCAUCCCCUCCCCCAGGUACCGGAUACUCGAUUCGGUUUCUUCGGGGCUGGCCCCACUGUGCGUAGUCGGAGGACUGCAGAGGGGCGGUUUUUAUUGGACUUGCCUGUCUAGAAGAGUUGGCAGCAGGACGCUGGAGCCAGGCCAGGUGUUUAGGCUGCUAGGCAGCUGAGAGAGGCAGUUUGGGUUUGGGAGAUCAGUGUCUGAGCUGGAUGCAGAAGUAAUGGCCAUUAAUGAAGUGCUUAAUGGUGUCACUGAGAUGUGCAUAAUGUGGAAUACGUUGCUGACACCCCGGCAAGACGGUAAGACACGGUUCAGUCUGCAGCUGUUGUUUCAGGCCAUGCAGACUUGAGCAGACACAGCACUGCCCUGGCGUGCACUCCAUUCACCUUCAGUUUUCCUUGCUGUCUCAACUGCAUGGAGAUGUUUAGACUUUACAUGGGAGUGUGGAUUCAGAACACAUCCCUGCAGCAUGGGGCAGCUCCCGUGGCUUUGGAGACAGGGAGAGGAGCAUUACUAGGAACGCCGUGGCUUCUUAGAAGUCAGCCAGACUUCUGGAUGAGGUGAGCCCUGCUAUUAACACUCCAGCUGGGAGCGUGUUCGUUGGGCCGGUUUCCAGAACAUAUGGCUGCCCGCUGGGAGCUCUUGCAUUCGUUCCGUCCAAGUGUGUCUAGCGAGCAGGCUGCCGCAGCGUAGGGUUAGGUCAUUCUGACUCUCGUGGUGUCUCCUCUCAGUCCUGGAGGCUUGAGCUGCUUGUUUUACGUUCUCGUGUCCAGUUCCUGAGAGGAGUCCACUGCACUUUGUCUCGGCUCCGCACAAAUGGUUAUCUUAUUCCAGACAUGGAGCUGAUUCCUAAACAUGGCAUGGGGCACAUCGUCAUGAGAUGUUCGCUGCAGAGCUGCCUCGUGCGUUCUGCAGUAAACAUCUCAGCGUCUACACGUUCAGUCCUAUUAGGCUGCAGUAAACUAAUAAACUCAGCAUCAUGUAGUGCUUGUAAAUACAAGUACUACCCUUCUCCGGAGUUUUUGCAUGUGCAGCAACACAGGUGUAGGCACAGACCCAGCUGGCUGGGGCAUGAGGGUGCUUCAGUACAGGGCUGCCUGCUGGCUAGCCUCAUGCUGGAGCACCCACAUACCGCUGCCAGCUCCUCCGGAGCACGUUGAGCCAGGAUGCAGGCAGCCCUGGGUUGGCAGGUUGAUCCCCUGGCCCCCUGCCAGCUAGGGCUGAUCUGCCCCAGCUCAAUGUACUGCCAUCCCAGGUGCACAUGCAAUUGCAACAUCCAAGAGUAAUAAACUCAUGGAAGUUUAUUGCUUUGGGUUAACUGCAAAUGUAGAGGCUCCCAUUGAGUUUGAAUGUUCUCAACUGGUCGAACAGCAAGGUUGGGGUGUCAGAUAGCAGCUCCUCGGUAUGGAGCUGGAUGCUGUCUAUCCAAGGGAGGGGGAGGAAGGUCUAGUGCUAACAGUGUUAUCAUGGAACUAGAAACACAGCGUCCGAAUCCCCUCUUUGCCACAGUCUGAUCUGGGCAAGUCUCUUAAUCUAUCUGAGCCUGGUAUCUCUAGCACAUCCUUACCUCACACACAGGGGUUUUGUGAAGCUGAACGCAUUAAAGAUUAUGAGAUGCUCAGAAACUGGGUGCCGGGGGCCAUGUAAUGGCCCAGCCUGUUAAUUGUGUUGUCCACGCAAGCUUUGAGAACAUCUGGAAGCCUGCUGAAAGUCAGUCAUUACAUUAAGUUUUGGCCGGGAGUCUGACUGCACACGUGGUUGGGUUGAGCAAUGUUUGUGCCUGCCACUACUCAAAGCAAGCGAUGUUUCUUAUUUAUAAGCUGUUGGAUCUCGUUCGUCCUUUUUGAAAUGCAAUAAAAAAUGGUGAAAUGCCUAUUUAUGCAUAAAAGCCAAGGCCUGA